UACAAUUUUUAGGGAAUCAUAACCCACCUUUUUCGUUACCGUAGCCGGAUACAAUAGUACAUUGUGCAACGAGGGGGGUAAGUGAAAUUUUGGAUACGAGGGUGGUAUGUAAUUCCUUUUUUAUUGACAAAGCUGAGGACAUACCGCGAACCACGUUCGACGUGUUGCCUCUCUGUCGCACUUGUAAAUUUGUACGUAAGUAUGACAGGGAGGCAACACGUCGAACGUGGUUCGCGGUAAGCCCUCUGGAUUGCCAGAGUAUAAUAUAGGUAUCAAUAAACACAGACUAUUACGUACAAUUUUAUGUAAAUAAGUCCAGCCUUGAAAAAAUGGAUCGCGACAACACGAAAACACGUUUCGAUCUGCAGCUCCGAUACGCCUAAGGGCCUACCGCGAACCACGUUUGACAUGUUGCCUCCCUGUCACACUUACGCACGAAUUUACAAGUGCGACAAAGACGCUACACGUCGAACGUGGUUCGCGGUAGGCCCUCUGCACUCAAGGGCUAUAACCGCGAAAAUCGAAGUUCGUCAAUUGCGGGCAUUUUUCUCUGUCACUCUAAUUAGGUCUUUGUGAUAGUAAAAGAGAAGGAUCACCGCAAUUUGCGAAUUUCGGCGUUCGCGGUAGGCCCCCUGUUGACAGUAGUCCUAUAAUGCGGCGCGCGGCGUCUAGUUUGAUGUAGGCGUGUGUGCGUUAGUUUGGCCUAGGACUAUGUCAUUUCAAUUCAAAGUUCAAACAUGGACAGAAAGGAUCAUACUAUCUUUGCCUUACGCUAGUACUAGCACACAAAAGAAAGGGAUGAAUAUAUUUCCUUAAUAAAAAUAAAAAUAUUAUCCCUUUUAUAUGCGCUAACGAUUAAUUGGAUUUGUUUCGGUUUGAUGUUUUGUGUGUGUGGGAAUUUUUUUUGUGUUUCACGCGGUGGCAAAAUUCGUUUAACCCUUGAAACUCUCGCAGCGGUUAAACAACAACUACUUAUUACCUACACAAUUUAUUGUAUAUUAACCAUAGCUAUACUAUAAUGUUCGUUCGAUUUUUUAUUUUUUUGAAUUUAAAAAAAGAAUUAGGAGUGAAAAACUAAUCAAACGAAGGGGCAUACAUGUAGUUAAUAUACAUGUAUAAAAAUAUUUUCUAUAAUGUUACCUAUUAUCAGUAGAGGAAAAUGGGGAGUACAUUUAUGGAUAAGCGGUCACGUGACGUUCCUCUUAACUAUUUCCCAGUCAGCAUUAUGUCUAAGUAUACAUAGACAAACGCUAUCUGAGAGACGGUUACGGUUAGUGUAAACUCGCUCCUAUAGGUCGUAAACAAAUUCGCAUCGACUGCCGAAUGCGUUGAGUAUCUUCCAAUAGUUUGUGUUAUUCAGCCAGACCGCACGCACCUCCGCGGUCUUCGAUAAAAAAAAAACAUUAAAAAAUUAAAAUGUUCAUAGUGCGGAGGUUUUUCGCUUGGAAAUAUGGAUCAAGGUUUAAUCAGUACUUGAUGGCUGUUAUUUUAUCGAUCCCCCUCCUCUGCUUCGGCAUGAUUCAGGGCUGGCUGUCUCCAAUGAGAAGGAUCCUAGAGUCUUCAGAGAACCCGAUAGAUCAUCCGUAUACCAAGGAUGAGUAUUCCUGGGCGGCAUCCGUUACGUAUAUCACAGCGAUCAUUCUCGGACUUCCCCUUGGGUACUUCAUGGACAGAUUUGGUCGAAAAUUCAUGAGUCUAGUCACCAUAUCGACAAUAAUGGCAUAUUGGCUGAUAAAAAUCAUAAGUCUUGAGCCUGCGUCGUUUAUCGCCGCGCGCGCCGUUGCAGGAUUCCCCUGCUCAGCCGUCUACAUCAUCAUGCCAUGCUACAUCAAGGAAAUCAGCGACAUUGACCUACGGAGUGCCUUUGGGUCACUCUAUAUACUAAUCAGAAACGUCGGUUACCUAAUAAGCUACGUGCUGGCAGAUCUCCUGAGCGUGUACGCCAUGCUGUGGGUAGGCUUCGGUGUGGCUGCUGUUAUAUUUCUACUGUUUCUUCUGCUGCCAGAGACGCCUGAGUAUCUUAUCAAGACGGGGAAGGUUGACGAGGCUAAGGAAGUGAUGGCCUGGCUCCGCGGUAUCAGCGUGACCGACGACCGGCUGGUCCGGGAUAUUGACACUAUCGUCUACCGUGAUAAGCAGACUACCAUGGAAGCGAAGUCCACGUGGGGCACUAUCUUCCACGACUCAACCACCAGAAAAGCCUUCAUAAUAUCCUGGGUCAUCAAAGUGGCCCAGCAGUUCGACGGCUACCUCAUCGUGCUCAUCUAUGCCAGCUCCAUAUUCGACGUGGCGGCAGACUCCGUCAACAUCAAGCUGUCUGCCAACCAGCAGGUCAUGGUGGUGGGGGCAGUUCAGCUGGUGGGUUCUAUGUCUGCCACCGCGCUCGUCGAGAAAACAGGAACGAAGAAACUGCUUGUCGGCACAUCAUUCACAAUGGGCGUGGGCAUGGGCAUACUGUCCAUCUGGUUCUACCUGACGGCAUCAGGUUGGAGUCUGCCUGGCUGGAUCCCGGUGCUGGCGCUGUGCCUCGCCAUCAUCUCUGACGCUGCUGGCUUUCAACCCGUCUCCUACAUUGUUAUUACGGACAUGUUUACAUUCCAUCUUCGGGGUCAAGUAUCGGCCUUCAUCAACGUGUGCGGCAAAGGUGCCAACUUCAUCCAAGUCAAGGGCUUCCACGCCCUCAACCAAGCCAUUGGCAUCCAGUUCACCUUCCUAAUCUUCGCGCUCAUCUGUUUCGGAUCCUGUUUGUUCUGCAUCAUCUUUUUCCCAGAGACUAGAGGACGGUCCCUUGAUGAGAUAUACAAGGAGCUUGCUGGGAAAAAUAAGAAAGACGAUAGUCAAAAUCAACCUCAGGUCUGAGUAUUGCUAGUCUAAAAAAUAAGUCGAUUUGCUCAGAGUGUACGAAGAAGUGACGAGCGAAUCUACUUAGGCAUGUGGUACUAUGUUUCCUAAACUAGUAAACCAAAGAUGAGGAAAUGGUGAGGAAAUAAUGAAAUAAUUUAUUAAUGCACGUGGACGUGGUUUGAAUUGAGCGUUCGUAAAUUUCAUAUAUGGAGCUCCAUCACAGCUCCAUGUGUAGGGGCUGAAUACAACCUAAUCUGUUAAUUACGACACAGAACUGGUUUAGUCAUAGGCAAAUAGAAAAUGCUUUACGCUGCACAAAAGAACCGUCCAUUAUAAGUAACCAUAGUAAUUAUAUUGUACAAUAAUUUAUAGCGGCUAUUUUAUGUUUAAGAUAUUGUGUAACCCAAAAGUAUAUAAUUUACCGCUCAGUAUCAAAACACCAUAUUGAAACGUCGAA